CCUUUGCUACAGCAUGCCUGGAAGAGUCCACACGUUCAACACUUCUCAAGCUCGCCAUUCGCUUGGACCGAGGAGCAUAUGGGGCCCUCCCUGCGCUUCAAAGAAGGCUCUGAUCUUGCACGGUCUUGCGGGCUCUUCGCAGACGAUGGCUCGAGUGGCCGAGCAGUUAGCUUUGGAAGGCAAGCAACCACCCCGCUACUUUGUCUCCGUCCCAGAACUUCCUGGGCACGGUAUUUCUCCGCGUUUCGACUCCUACUGCUUCGCAGACAUGAUCCAAAUCGUUUCCGACCACCUCAUCGAAACCACAUACGAUCUCGUAAUUGGCUUCUCCCUUGGUGCAAUCCUCGCCCUCGCCGCCAUCCGUAACAUCCCCCUUUCCUACAAAUCCCUCAAGGUCGUCGCAAUCGAGCCGCCAAUCAAGCUCGCGUCGGAGAUACACCAGUACUUCGGCGGCAUGCUGAGUGCAGCCGCUAAGAACCCGCCCACGCCGGAGUUUUACAUGCGCAUGUUCCCGCGCUGGUCAAGGGAGGACGCUACCCUGAAGGUCCUUGCGGACGAGCUGUGCGAUCCGCUGGUUGUGGACAGCCUCUUGAAUGAGGGUGCACCCUGGAACUUUACACGGUACCUGAUAGACAUCCCGUCUCACGUGCGCGUGCUUGUCAUCGGUGGGGACUUGUCGUGCGGCGGGACACUACGCAUCGAAGACCUGGAGACGUAUCCAGACAUAGACGAGAUCCAUACGGUCGAGGGUGCAUCACACUACGUGCCCAUCGAGUUCCCAGAGAAGGUGGUCGACUUAUCCUUGGAGUUUUGCGCUUCGCGUUCAGCCCUUACAUGUGCAGCCGUUGCAAGCGAACGGGUUCAUCCUGCCCUGGUGUAGUAGGCUAGGGUACUUUACUUUCAUUCGUUUCUCAUUGUGUUUA